AUGCGCCGCGCGGCCGCCGGUCGCCUCUAUGGUUCCUCCCCCGGAAGCAGCGGGGCGGUGCGGGGCAGCGCGAUGGCGGCGGAGCCCACAACGGCGGCGGCAGCCGCGGAGCCCGAGGAGGACAGCGGCGAGGCGGAGGGCGGCCUGGGGCAGCUGCUGGAGGAGGAGGAAGACGGCGACGAUGGCGGCGGUUACGUGCUCUACAGGGACAGGAAGGAGUGGGCGGAUAUUGAGCCCGUGCCGCAAAACGACGGACCAAAUCCCGUGGUGCAGAUCAUCUACAGUGAGAAAUUCCGAGAUGUGUAUGAUUAUUUCCGGGCUGUUCUGCAGCGGGAUGAGAGAAGCGAAAGAGCUUUCAAGCUAACUGCAGAUGCCAUUGAGUUAAAUGCUGCAAACUACACAGUUUGGCACUUUCGGAGAGUCCUCUUGCAGUCUUUGGGAAAAGAUCUCCAUGAGGAGCUUAAGUAUAUUACAGCUAUUAUUGAAGAUCAGCCAAAGAACUACCAAGUCUGGCAUCACAGACGAGUACUGGUUGAAUGGCUGCAGGAUCCAUCUCAAGAGCUUGAGUUUAUAGCUGACAUUCUUAACCAAGAUGCUAAGAAUUAUCAUGCCUGGCAGCACAGACAGUGGGUUAUUCAGGAGUUCAAGUUGUGGGAUAAUGAACUGGAAUAUGUAGACCAGCUUCUGAGGGAGGAUGUGAGAAACAAUUCUGUCUGGAACCAAAGGCACUUUGUAAUUUUCAACACUACGGGCUAUGAUGAUCCAGCAGUUCUAGACAGAGAAGUCCAGUACACGCUCGAGAUGAUCAGAGCAGUACCACAUAAUGAGAGUGCUUGGAACUACUUGAAAGGGAUUCUCCAGGAUCGAGGUCUUUCAAAAUACCCAAACCUAUUAGAGCAACUGUUGGAUUUACAGCCUAGCCACAGUUCACCCUAUCUGAUUGCGUUUCUUGUGGACAUCUAUGAAGAUAUGCUCGAAAAUCAGUGUGAUAACAAGGAAGAAACACUGAACAAGGCAUUAGAGCUGUGUGAAAUCCUGGCUAAAGAAAAGGACACCAUCCGAAAGGAAUACUGGAGGUAUAUUGGAAGAUCCCUCAAGAACAGACACAGCUCGGGCACUGAACAGAGCUUGCCAACAGAGAAGCAGCAGUAACCAAAUGUGGAAGAAAACAGUGUUAAGCUCUCAAGCUGUCCUAAAGGAAUACCAAGGAGGGGGCCAUCAGCCUGUAUGAAAUGCUGUGUAGUUUUCCCUGAUCAUGAGGUAUUGUAACAAAAAGUGGAGUGCUGCAGCCAUAAUGAAGAAGGCAGACAUAGUCUCUUGAGUCACUGCUGCCUCUGUUGAUGGCUGUUGGUGAAAAGUACCAAAUAAAAGACUUAUUUCAUAGUAAAUAAUUUAGCAAGUUUAACUUUAUGUAUUUAUUGAAACGUACUAAACCAGUUUCUCGCACUCUGGCUUGUCUGUUUCGGGGCCAUCUCUCCCUAACACUGUCAUGUCAGGCUCUGCAGUGAUGACUGCAAGUAGCUCUAUUGGAUAUAAAGUAACCUUGUUCCCAUGACUGCAAGUGGGAGCUGUUGCCGUGUGUGGGAACAGCUCCGCAGCACUGACAACACAUGUUAUUGUAUGAACUAACAGCUACUGUCAAUUUGUAAUAAAAACAGAUGACGUUAAAA